AUGGAAAAUGUUAGAAUUAAAAUUCAAUCGAAUAAUUUAAUCAAAAGAUCAACGACUAAAUUAGUAAAAGAAUUUCUUGAACUGCAAGAGAAGUUCCUCAGCGUACAAAAAGCUACUUAUGAACGUCUGGAAACGGUAAAGUACAUGGUGGAUCUAUCUCUUGACAAUGACAGAAUCAGCAUGUUAACUGAAUACAAGCCAUUAGAAGAAGUUCAAAUAGCUGUAUGCGGUUAUAAUUCAUGUGGCAAAACUUCUUUUAUACAUGAGGUUCUUGGCUGUGGUGAUUUCUUGCCUGUAGGCACAGGUGCAGUAACUGGACGCAUUGUUAAGUUUUCGUAUGCGCCUCCCGAACAAGCGUGUUUAAUUAAAUAUGUAUCAGCAACAGAUCGUACACAAAUUAGUGAUCCGAUCGACUUGUCUCAACAUUUCAAAAGCAGUACCAAUAAUAAGAGUGAUGUUAAAGCUCUAAGGAAGAUCGUCAAAGAGCAAUUAGCAAGACCGAAUGAUGUGGGCAAACAUUCUGAUGAGUUUGCCAAAUGGGCGAGAACAUUCAUUGAAAUUCGCCUGCCAUCAACAAAUCUCGAAUCAGGUGUGCAUAUCUAUGACACCCCAGGUUUUCUUGGAUCCGAUCCACAAGUUUUACGUGACAAUCUACUUGCAUUGGUGGUUAGUGUUCGUCCAACACUUGUUUUUCUCUACGACAAUUCAACAGGUUCUGAUGAUACACGUAAAUGCUACGAACAACUGAAGGUGGCUCUUCGUAGUCAUAUAAUGGGUGUUGAUAUUUUCUUUCUCAACACCAAAGUGGAUGUAGCCGUUAUACAAAAGGAUGCGCGACAACGAGACGACGACGAUGACGAUGAUUUUAAAACAUUAUUGAAUAAAGAACGUUUACGUCGCUACGGAGAACUAAUGGAAAUUGAUCAAAUGAAAAAUGAUGUUGAGCACCGAAACCACAGCGAAAUGUCACCAUCUUUCGAGCGGUGUGAAUCGUUCGACAUAUUUUCCUGUUUAUCUCCUUCGAAUGAAAUGGAAAAGGAAAUGAAAUGUCAAGCUAUUGAUCGAAUCAUUCGUUUCGCUGCUGAUCACGAUCUGCGAGUGACAAAAUUCAUCACCAACAUUAUUCUAUCGGCUAUUGAUGUCUUCUUCGACUUCGUUUUACUCACGAACCGACGUACUCCUGAUGAGUGGAACAAUUUACGUGCUGACGCUCUAAAACGGGGCGAACAGUUUUUUGAACAGUAUCGAUGUGCCAUCGAUAUGAUAGCCAAAGAAGCAAAUCAACGUUUAUCGCAAUGUUUUAAUGAAAAGAAGCUCGAUAUCGAGAAAAGAGCGAUACAAGAUAGUGAAACACGAGACGUUCGAUGCAAAGACUACUGCAACGUCAUAGAUCACUGGCAGUCCAUAGUCUCACAUAUGUUCGACAUCAAUUUUGCCUGCCGUGAAACUUUGUCAAUUCUCUCACGAUCUAAAAAACACGAUACUUUUCAGCAUGAAGAAAAUUUCAUUGAUGCGAUAGUAGAAAGUGAAGUAAUGAAGCCGAUCAUACAAGAUAUUUUCAGCAAACAAAGUUGCUGUAUUAAGAAAGGCCUGGUUGCAGACAAUAUUCUUUAUCGAAACAAGAACGAAUUAUUGUAUGCAGCUCACUGGCAAGUGUUUUUGGACUACCGUGAUCUCAAUGACAAUUACAGUUGGAUUAUGGAACGAAUACUAGAAUUACCGCUGAUUAUAAGUGUCUAUUUGGUUCUCUCGUUGCUUAAAAUUUCCAUGGCCGCCGCUUUAGUUGCAGUCAAAAUUGGAUUUUCAAAGAAUAAUAACCUUGACGAAAAGCAAGCCGUACUUGAUCAACGGAAGAAGAAAAUUCAACAUUACCUCGUUGUCCUUGGAAGUAAGAUGGAUAAAAUGGGUGAUCAUCUAAAGAAACAUUUGUUGGAAUGGAUCGACAGUAAUUACGAGAAGUUUAAAGAAAAAGUCGACCUAUAUCAUUCAGUCAUAUUGCGUACUAUGAAUGAUCGUGAAAAAGCUUAUAAACUAGCUCAUGAAUUCAUACCUGCAUUCGCCCGUAUCGAAUGUCACUUGGCAGCAAAUCUGGAUAUGGCUACUCACAAUGGAUCGCACCCAAUCAUUAACCGGAAUGAAGUCGAAGGCGAAGGAGGAUAUUUCACAGUUCAUCCAGCGUCCUGGGAUAAUGACGAUCAACUUGUUGCUAAAAGCUUAAAACAGCAUUGCACCGAUCCAAAUUUUGCAUACUUAGAAGGACAUUUCCAUCGCGCAGUGACCAAUCUCAACGUUCCACACAUAAUUCAUUUAAAAUAUUUGUUUAUUGACAACGAUGUCGUCAAUUUAAUUAUGCCUCGUUAUUCGGCCAAUCUUAAGUCAUUCCUCGAGAAAAACAUGAAAGAUAUGAAUGCUGAUAAAGCUAUAGAAAUUUCACGUAACGUUGCAAGUGUCAUUGCGCAUAUGCAUGCUUAUGAUCUUGUUCAUCGUGAUAUUAAAGCUGAAAAUAUUCUUAUUGACGAACAGGAGCAUGUCUAUCUGGCUGACUAUGGUACAUGUCAACAUGGAACCGAGAAUCACACCAUCGUAGGUACUGUUCCAUUCCCGCCGGACAUUAAUGCUUUAAUGACAUUACAAUCUUCAAGUUCGAACAGGGAUCAUCUUCAAACUUAUCAAGGUUCAGCUGUUGAUGUAUAUCUACUCGGCGGUCUUAUGUUUGUAUGUGCACCGAAAGAGAACUACUCUCCAGCAUCGGAUGCAAAUCCUGAACAAGUAAAACGACUUGAUCGACAUAAAGUUCCUGAAAGUUAUUGUCAAUUGAUCUUACGUUGUCUACACAAAGAUUGGAAGAAAAGACCGACAGCAAAAGAAAUCGUUGAUGAACUUGAUUCAAUUGCAAAGGAAUUGUGCAUGAUUUGCCAGGAAAAACCGCGCUUCCGACGCUGUCUUCCUUGUCAGCAUAAAACGAUGUGCGAAGAAUGUUAUGCGAAACUUUUACAGCAGAAUAAUGAAGUUUCUUGCAUCAUAUGCAGGCAAGCCGUCACUGCUGUUCAAGACGACAACAAUUCGAACACUUUUUUUAUUACAGAUGAAAGGCGGUAG